CUCGCCUUCACACGUGGGCUGCUGUUGCUGUUCUGGCCAGUAAUUCUUCCUGUAGGCGUGGAUCAGCCACGCUGAAAAAUUGAAGUGGGAGCAGAGGUCAAGGGUGGUGAGUUGAUGGAGUUUGCUGCUGAAAGUGAAGGGACGUCAGGGGGUAGUUUCCAGAGUGUAGCUGAGGGGGCGCGGUUACAUCCUAAGUCGGGUGGGGAGGGGGACUGGGACUUAGGGAUGGAGGAGGCCAAGGCCGGAGAGGAGGGGGAUGGCCUGGCAGGGUUAGGAAGUGGACAAAACGUAGAGAUGGGAGUGGACUUAACGGUUGUGAAGCAAGAAGUUAUGGACUGGCCGGAAAUAGAAGACACGUUGGAUGGCCAGUGGGUAAAGCAGGAGGUAGAGGAUAGGCCUGAGGUGAAGGAAGAGAAGGCAGGCAUAUUGGAGGUGAAGCAGGAGAUGGAGAGUAGUUUGGUGGUAAAAGAAGAGAAGCUGGAUGAACCUGACGUAAAGGAAGAGAAGGUGAAGGUGAAGGAAGAGGUAAUGGACUGGCUAGAAGUGAAGGAGGAGCAGGAGGAUAACUUGAAAAUAGAACAGGAAGAGAUGUUCCUUGGUCAGAGCAUUAAAAAAGAGGAGAUGAUGGAUGGAAUGUUUGUAAAAGAAGAGAAAGAUUACUUAAAGGAGGAAGUGAUGGAUGAUACAAAGGUGAAAGAAGAGCCUCAGAUAAAUCACCCAGUGGGCUGCAAGCGAAAACUGGCCAUGUCAAGGUGUGAAACUUGUGGCACAGAAGAAGCCAAGUACAGAUGUCCACGUUGCAUGCGAUAUUCCUGCAGUUUGCCUUGUGUCAAGAAACACAAAACAGAACUGACAUGUAAUGGAGUCCGAGAUAAAACUGCCUAUGUUUCCAUUCAUCAGUUUACUGAAAUGAAUCUCCUGAGUGAUUAUAGAUUUUUGGAAGAUGUGGCAAGAACAGCAGACCAUAUUUCUAGAGAUGCUUUCUUGAAAAGACCAAUGAGCAAUAAACAUAUGUACUUUAUGAAAAAUCGUGCACGAAGGCAAGGUAUUAACUUAAAACUUCUACCUAAUGGAUUCACAAAGAGGAAAGAGAAUUCAACAUUUUUCGAUAAGAAAAGACAACAGUUUUGUUGGCAUGUGAAGCUCCGAUUUCCUCAAAGUCAAGCUGAGUACACAGAAAAAAGAGUACCAGAUGAUAAAAUUAUUAAUGAAAUCCUAAAACCUUACAUUGAUCCUGAAAAGUCUGAUCCUGUAAUUCGUCAAAGAUUGAAAGCCUACAUUCGCUCUCAGACUGGAGUCCAAGUUUUAAUGAAGGUCGAAUAUACACAGCAAAAUUUAGUAAGAUAUUAUGAACUAGAUCCUGAUAAAAGUCUCCUAGACAAUUUGAGGAACAAAGUAAUCAUUGAGUACCCAACAUUACAUGUGGUCUUGAAAGGGUCUAGUAAUGACUUGAAAGUUCUUCCCCAAGUGAAAAGUGAAUCUACCAAGAACCUUGGCGAUGAAAAUUGAGCACUUUUUCUGGAAGAAAGUAAAAGUUUCCAGACAGUCGCAAAUGACUGUACCAUUGAUGGCUUGUUGGAUGAUGAGGGUAUUGUCAACAGGUGGUUGGAAUGCUUUAUUUGUCUAAAAAGUAAUUAAACAAUCUAAACUUGUAAAAAAUGUAUUUUAUAGGCUGUUGAAUUAAUUGACUUUUGUAAGACAAAGGCCCCUUACUCAUGUUAGGAACUCUGGUGGAGUGCUUCCUAGGCCCUGGCUUUCACUGUGCUUCAUUCCGUAGGCUGCCAACUUUGUCAUUUUGAGGUAAGGCCAAACCUGAGG